AUGUCUGGGUUUGAGAGCUUCAACACAGACUUCUUCCAGACGAGCUACAGUAUCGAUGACCCUGCACAGUCCUAUGAUUACAGUGGAGGACCGUACAGCAAGCAGUAUGGAGGCUACGAAUACUCCCAACAGAGUGGAUUUAUCCCUUCGGACAUGAUGCAGCAGCAGCCCUACACAGGGCAGAUUUACCAGCCCACGCAGACAUACACUCCGACUUCAGCAGACUCUUUUUAUGGGAGUAAUUUUGAGGAUGAGCCUCCUCUAUUAGAAGAAUUGGGAAUCAAUUUUGACCACAUCUGGCAGAAGACGCUGACGGUGCUACACCCAUUAAAGGCAGCAGAUGGCAGCAUCAUGAAUGAGACUGACUUGGCUGGACCAAUGGUCUUCUGUCUAACGUUUGGCGCUACGCUAUUACUGGCUGGCAAAAUUCAGUUUGGUUAUGUGUAUGGAAUAAGUGCAAUCGGAUGUUUCGGGAUGUUUUGUCUCCUGAACUUGAUGAGCAUAACGGGUGUCUCCUUUGGCUGCGUCGCCAGUGUCCUUGGAUACUGUCUUCUUCCUAUGAUCCUGCUUUCCACUUUCGCCAUUGUGUUUUCGUUGCAGGGAGUGAUGGGGACUGUUGUCACGGUUGGGAUCAUCGGCUGGUGCAGUUUUUCUGCUUCCAAAAUCUUUAUCUCUGCCUUAGCCAUGGAAGGACAACAGCUGCUAGUGGCAUACCCCUGCGCUUUGUUGUACGGCGUCUUCGCUCUCAUCUCGGUGUUUUGAAGAGACUGUCCAAGCCGCUGGACUCCUGUGGGCCAAAACGAAAACAACUUGGAACCUUUAGUUGGACCAGAAGCAGCUGCGAACAACUGUCUAGUGUUGCUGUCAAAAAAUAGACCUGUUUUCAGUCAUCUGGUGCAAUGAAAACAAAUGUCU